CUCUCCGGGUGUUGUGGGGCGGAACUAAUGUGCGCGCGCCGCUGUUUCCGGCGGGGCUAUUUUUCCGGCAGCGCGUGACUGUGACAGUCAAACAUGUCGAGUUCCUACAAAAACAGGAUCCAGGAGUUCAAGGCGACUCUGAGCGAGCAGGAGAUCGAUCUCAAGGCUUUACGUGAGCUCUGCUUCAGCGGGAUCCCGUGUGAAGGAGGCAUCCGUGCGCUCUGCUGGAAGAUCCUGCUGAAUUACCUGCCGCUGGAUCAGGCAUUAUGGGAGACGUUCCUGACAAAACAGAGGGAUCUGUACGCCCAGUUUUUGCGAGAGAUGAUCAUUCAGCCGGGAAUCGCCAAAGCAAACCUGGGAGUGUCUCGAGAGGACGUGACGCUGGAGGAUCACCCUCUGAAUCCAAACCCAGACAGUCGCUGGAACACAUACUUCAAAGACAACGAAGUCCUGCUGCAGAUCGAUAAAGAUGUCAGACGCUUGUACCCAGACAUGGCCUUCUUCCAGCGGCCCACAGACUUCCCCUCUCAGCUCAUCCUGGACCCGCAGAACGAGUACGAGACGCUGCGGAGACGAGUGGAGCAGACCACCCUCAAAGCCCAGACGGUGAACCGGAACCGCAGCGGCGUCACUAACGUGAGUUCUCCGGGGAAGGCGUUACACCUGUAUCCCUCUAACGAGUACGAGGUGCUGCCGAACGGCUGUGAAGCGCACUGGGAAGUGGUCGAGCGGAUCCUCUUCAUCUACGCCAAACUCAACCCAGGCAUCGCUUACGUUCAGGGCAUGAAUGAGAUCGUGGGUCCCAUUUACUACACCUUCGCCACGGACCCCAACAACCAGUGGAAGGAGCACGCGGAGGCCGACACCUUCUUCUGCUUCACCAACCUGAUGUCCGAGAACAGAGAUAACUUCAUCAAAAGCCUGGACGACUCUCAGUGCGGCAUCACCUUCAAGAUGGAGAGCGUCUUCUCCAAACUCAAGGAGAAAGACACGGAGCUGUACAUGAAGCUGCAAGAGCAGAACAUCAAGCCGCAGUACUUCACCUUCCGCUGGCUGACGCUGCUGCUCUCGCAAGAGUUCCUGCUUCCAGACGUCAUCCGGAUCUGGGAUUCGCUCUUCUCGGAUCAGGAGCGCUUCGACUUCCUCAUCCCUGUGUGCUGCGCCAUGCUCACACUGAUUCGAGAUCAGUUACUGGCUGGAGACUUUACAACUAACAUGAGAUUACUGCAGGAUUAUCCCAUCUCUGAUGUUCAUGCCAUCCUCAUUAAAGCGAAAGAACUGCAGGAAGGUUUGUAGCCGCCACGCCCCAAUAGGCUCCGCCUCCAGUCUGAUGAUUGACAGCAGUGCCGCCCAUCUCACUCGGGUGGGAUCCAGCAUUUGCCUUUGUGUGAUUGAGCGUUUGGUCUUACCGUCUCUCAGGUAGACAUGCAAGUGUGUGUAUGUGUGUGUGUGAGCGAGAGAAAGAUAGAGAUUGUGUGUGUGUGUGUGUGUGUGUGUGUGUGUGUGUGUGUGUGUGUGUGCCGCGCUCAAGUUGUUUAUUGUUGCACUGAAUGAUUUUAAAGACCAACAUACUGACUCUCUCUCACACAACACACUCUCUCGCUCUUCCUUACAGACACACACACUCCCACUCACUCUCUCUCUCACACACACACACACACAAACACACACACACACACAAGCCACAGAUGGACUCCAGAAACACUCCAGAACUGAUAUACUACAGUAUAAAUCUGGAACAACAGAAGACUGGUCACAUCCUGAGGGUCUUCAUCCAGCUGUAUUAUAUCAGUGAUUGUUGUUUGGUUUAUUACGUAUCUGUCACAAAUGAACAAACCCACAGUGGUGCAGAUGGAUGGAGGUUCUCGUCUUCAUCUGUGAGAGAACUGAAGCUUCCCAGACGUCACGGGACACUGUUCUGGAGAAGCUUGAGACGGGAGAUGAGUGAGUGGAUUCAUUCAGGAGCAGCAUGAACCAAUCAACACUACAGACCCGUCACUGAUCUCAGAUCAGCUCCUUCAGAGUCAUCUCUCCUCCGCAGAUCACACGGCUUUAGCAUCCCAUCAUCCCUCUGUUUAGUGACGUCAUCCGUCUCCACUAAUAAUCUGCAUUAACUGCUCUUCAGGCAUCUCCUCACACUAAUAACGGCGCUCGUGUUUCUCUGAGGGAAACAUCUGAUCAAACGUUGGGACUCCUUCGAAUCCUUAGUGUUUUUAUAAAUAUGUUCAUCGCCGCAGUUCAUUUUUUUAAAAUGUUGUUUUGUAUUUUAAAGCUCAGAGGAUGUUGGGAAUUGAAUGGUCUUUUAUUUGGGGAAUGUCUGGUCACACAUGUCUGUCUUUGACUGUAUUCGUUCAUGUACAUUUGAAAACCAAGUUUUUUCUUUUGCAUGAGAUGUUUUUGUAUGAACCUCUAUAGUUCUUGCUGUUGUAUAUCAAUGUUUUUACAGUGCUUGCGGAUGCACAAUAAAACAAUUUAACCUUUAAA